AUGGAUUCUCAACAUCAAAUCAAUAAAAUGAUAGUCAACACCACAGGCUUACCGUUGCACCACAAUAAUCAUUACUAUCACGGUAGUAGAUAUGCUACUAGUAUUAGCACACCUACAACACCUACGGCAACAACUACCAAAUCAAAUAUAGAUUGUAAUAAUAGUGUAAAUAACUUUCAACUUAUUCCAACAGCAUCAACAAACCAAUAUAAUUGUAUCACUAGUAACAAUAUUAAUAUCAACAUCAAUAUUAAUAGUUUAAAUAGCAACUAUCACCAUCAAGUUCAACCAACUUCCUCUUCCUCCUCCUCCGCAUCAUCGUUUUCAUAUAAUAAAAAGAGAUCAAGAGACAUUGUGGAUAUUGAGCAACUAGGAAUAUUAAAUAAUAAUAAUAAUAAUAGCAUUAAUAAAAAUAUUAUUAUUAAUAAUAAUAAUAAUAGUUUAAAUAAUAAUAGUCAUAUAAAUAAUAAUAGUUUUACAUCAUCAUCAUCAAACUCAUCAGCAUCACAGUCAAAAAAAGAAAACACAACAUUUUAUCAAAAUCAUUUAAAUAGUAAAGGGGCAACUACCAAUUAUUCAACAUCCCCACUAUCAAACUCAUUCUCUACUUUCACAAGUCAUUUCUACAAUGACGAUGAUUACAAUGAUGAAGAUGACCACAAUAAUGUAAAGAUAUUCAAGUCUCGAAAAGACGAUAACGAUAAAAACAUUGUUCCAACAUCACCUCAUUUACAUAAAUCAAUAAACUCACCAUUUGCCUCUAAUCUAUCAACCUCACCACUUUCUUCUGUACCUGUUUCUCCUCUGCUGUUACCACCAUCAGCCACAUCGACACCAAUCACACCAAGACAAGCUAUUUCUUCUUCGCAUUGCUCAACACCUCGAUCACAUCUACCAAACAGUAUACAACAACACCUUCACCAACAAUAUCAUAAUCAAAUAACUCCACAGCUGUCACCAUUGACACCACCUUCCAAACCUGAUUUCAAAUUGUAUCAACAACAACAGCAACAACAACAACAACAGGAGGAAGAAUCAAAUCGAAAACAACAACAAAUUAAUAAUAAUGAUCUUAGUAGAUUUGAACUUACUUUUGAACAACUAAAGAUAUUCGAAGAGGAUGAACCCGAGUUGAUAGAACUCAAUUCAUCUUGGAACGAAGAGGAGCAUGAUCAUGAUGAAUUGGCAUUGCCACCACGCAGCAUACUGUCAUGUGCAACCAGACAGCCAUAUCAACUUUCCCCGAUAGAGUCGGUGGUGGUCAGAUCUCGCAAUCCAAUGGCACCCUAUUUACUCUAUGGUACAGAAUCACGCUUCAGUAACUCAUAUACAAGCAGCAGUAACAACUCUUAUGAAGAUUACUCUGAAGAAAGCGAGAAUGGAGAUGACGACGACGAUGAAGAUAAUGACAUAUCAAGUGAUUGUGACAAUCAAACCGGAGGACCAUUAAGAUUUUUCGAUAAGUGCUCCACUCAACAUUAA